AUGGCCCUUGUAGCAGGCCCAGGUAUAGGUGGCACCUCUGCUACAAUUGACUCCUUGCCCACCGAGCUCGCUCUCGUGAUCGAUCGUCACGUCAAAUAUAUUCAAGGCUUGGAUACCAGAAAAGAUGAACUUGACUACUGGCUGACUGAGCACCUGAGGCUCACUGGCCUUUACUGGGGAUUGACAGCCCUUCAUCUUCUUGGCCACCCGGAUGCUCUUCCCCGAGACCAGACCCUAGAGUUCGUCUUCGCAUGUCAGAACAGUGACGGUGGGUUUGGUGCUGCUCCAGGCCAUGACUCUCAUAUGCUUUACACGGUAAGCGCCGUCCAGACCUUGGCCACCCUCAACGCUCUAUCAGAUUUGGAUCAAAGUGAAAGAGGAGGGAAGUCGCGAGUUGCAACCUUCAUUGCCAAGUGCCAACAACCUGAUACUGGUGCCUUUUUUGGCGAUGAGUGGGGUGAGAUGGACACUCGGUUCCUCUACGGAGCCUUGAAUGCAUUGUCUAUUCUUGACAUGAUGCAUCUGGUCGACGUUGAGAAAGCUGUGGCACAUGUUCAGAGCUGCGGGAACUUUGAUGGUGCAUACGGCUUUACUCCUGGGGCAGAAUCUCAUGCUGGAGGUACUUUCACCGCGGUUGGGGCACUGGCCAUCGCACGCCGCCUCGAUCUUGCCGAUGCUGACCGCCUAGGGGCCUGGUUGAGCGAGAGACAACUUCCAAAUGGCGGCCUUAACGGUCGGCCAGAGAAACUGGAGGAUGUAUGUUACAGCUGGUGGGUGAUCAGUAGUAUUGCAAUGCUGGAUAAAGUGCACUGGAUCGACGGCACAGCACUGACCAAAUUUAUCCUGCAAUGUCAAGAUGCCGAGCAUGGAGGGAUAGCCGACCGACCUGGAGACAUGGUUGAUGUCAUGCAUACCGUGUUUGGUAUUGCCGGCUUAAGCUUACUGGGCCACCCAGGCCUGGUGGAAGUGGACCCGGUCUAG